AUUAGCUGUUGUAUCUGCUACAGGUUUGUACCAGGCUUAGUAGGGAAAACCUUUGACGGCAGCAAGAGCAAGUCCACGAUGGCUUCUGAAACCUGAAAGUCAUGUCUGUUCUGUCUGGAAUAAUUGCAGAAGUACAUUAGCUACAGCUGUCCUUUUGUAUUAAUGGCUUACAGAAUAUAUGAAGAUCGUUUUGCCUUUUUUUCCCCCAACUGGAAAUUCAGCUGCCUGUGUUCCUUAAUAGGGAAGAAAGCUGAUGGUAAAUUACCAUUGUUAAUGGUUGAUCGAUAGUGAAGAAACUUGCUUGAGGCUGUUUCUCUUCAGCAGGUAUUUAGUUUCUUUGAGGGAGCUUUACAAGAGGAUUUGUAGCUAAGAAAAUGUGUGGGGGUACACCAAAAACUGCAAAUGGCACUGGGGGACGAAUAGAAAGAACAAGAAACAACAAUGAUGUACCACUUGGAAAUAAUCUCUCUUGUACCAAAUUGGAUGAAAGAAUUAGGAAGUCUUUGAGAGAUGAAAGUGUCAGCUGUGCCAACAAAGUGACUAGACUGCUGCAAAACAGCUGGUCCUCUUCAGAGUUGGACUUGAAUGAAAUCCGCCUGAUAGUUUACCAAGACUGUGAGAGGAGAGGCAGACAGGUCUUAUUUGAUUCCAAAGCAGUCCGCAAAAUUGAUGAAGCUGUGGUUCAGAAAAUGGCAGAUGAGGCUUCUGUAAAGACUUCUGCCAAGAACUGCCAAGCAAGCAAUGGGAACAACAGUGUUUCUUCCCAUAGUCCUUCUAUAAGCUGUAUGCAAAAUAUCAAAGAACAGAUACCGAAGUAUCAGUACACCAGACCAGCCUCCGAUGUCAAUAUGCUGGGAGAAAUGAUGUUUGGCUCAGUGGCAAUGAGUUACAAAGGCUCCACCUUGAAAAUUCACUACAUACGCUCUCCCCCACAGCUGAUGAUAAGUAAAGUCUUCUCAGCCAGGGUAGGAAGCUUCAGUGGAAGCAACAAUAAGAAUACUGGCUUCUCCCCCUGUUGUAGCUUGCAAGAUAGCUUUGAAUACAUCAACCAAGAUCCCAGUCUGGGAAAGCUGAGCUCCAAUCAGAAUGGUUUGGGAACCUGUCGCAGUGGAAGUAAUUUAGGUGUGUUACAGCUGUGUAGCAGCAAACUGCUGCAGGGUGUGUCUGAAGGAGGUCCCCUCCGGCUCAUUCGCAGUGCUUCUUUCUUUGCAGCACACAGCACACCUGUUGAUAUGCCUAGCAGGGGACAAAAUGAAGACAGAGACAGUGGCAUUGCUCGGUCAGCAUCUCUGAGCAGUCUUCUGGUUACUCCUUUUCCAUCUCCAAGCUCUUCAUCAUCAUCGUCAAGCAGCUAUCAACGUCGCUGGCUCCGAAGUCAGACAACCAGUUUAGAGAAUGGAAUUAUUCCAAGGUGGUCCACUGAAGAAAUGUUUAGUAUGGCUGAUGAAACCUGCAGCUCCAAUCCUGCAAUUGUUCGGAGGAAAAAAAUUGCAAUCAGCAUCAUCUUUUCUCUGCCUGAAAAAGAAGAAGCACAGAGAAACUUUCAAGAUUUCUUUUUCUCUCACUUUCCUCUUUUUGAGUCUCACAUGAACAAGCUGAAAUAUGCAAUAGAAAAGGCCAUGAUCUCAUGUAGAAAAAUAGCAGAAUCCAGCCAGAGAGUGCAGGUUUAUAUCAGCCGUGUCAUGGAUGCCCUGGGAGAAUUCAGAGUCACCAUCUGGAACCUAUAUUCUGUUCCAAGGAUUGCAGAGCCUGUGUGGCUUAAUAUGAUGUCCAGCACCCUGGAAAAGAACCAGCUAUGCCAGCGUUUUCUUAAAGAAUUUACCUUUCUGAUAGAGCAGAUCAACAAAAAUCAGUUCUUUGCUGCUUUGCUGACCGCAGUGCUGACGUAUCACCUGGCGUGGGUCCCAACAGUGAUGCCAGUUGACCAUCCUCCCAUCAAGGCCUUCUCUGAGAAGCGCACAUCCCAGUCUGUGAACAUGCUGGCAAAAUCCCACCCAUACAACCCUCUCUGGGCGCAGCUGGGUGAUCUCUACGGUGCCAUAGGCUCUCCAGUUAGAUUGACUCGGACUGUGAUAGUUGGAAAGCGCAAGGAGCUGGUGCAGCGCUUGCUCUACGUUCUAACUUACUUCAUCCGGUGCUCUGAGCUGCAGGAGAAUCAGCUGACCUGGAGUGAGAAGGCUGGGGAAGGAGAGCAGGUGCUAAAUGGAAGCAAGAUCACAACUGCACUAGAAAAGGGAGAGGUAGAGGAAUCUGAUUAUGUGGUUGUCACUGUUAAAAAUGACCCUGCUCUUGUGCCUCCAAUCCUACCUCCAAAGAAUGACGGGAGUAAGAACAACAGUACUGCUGAGUGGGUGCCUGAACCAGAAAGCACUCAGGCUGUCCCAGUCUCUUCAAAAGAAAAGAGGGAAGCAAUAGAAAAGGUCAGUCAGACCUCUGAAACAUCAGUUGACUGUCUAACUGGCAGUUUCUGUAAAGGAGCAGCUGAUGGUAGGAAAAGAACUGUCACUGAUACAGGAAUCAUAUCCUACCACUCUGAAGAAUCAUCUAAAUUAGAGGAUGUAAUGGAUGUAAAGAAGAACAAGAACCAGAAUGAGAGAAAAGUGGAGAAGCAGUUUUCUAGUAGGUCGUCUGCUGUACCUUGUCCUGAAAGGUCUGGCCACAGGAGUUUACACUUAGAAAAGGUCACGUUUCAGAUUGGAAGCUCAGCAUCACCAGAGUCAGACUUAGAAACUCAUAGAAGAGAAAUGGAAGAAAAUCUGAAGGCAUUAAUUAAAAGACCAGAGGUGAUACAUUGUGCCUCAAGUUCCACAAAUCUGACUGUGGAUGCUCCUCAGAAUCAAGACAGUUGUGAAGCUGCCUUUAUACCCAUCAGUAAACAUAAUGUUUGUUAUGCACAAAUCCCACCAUGUGAGGAGAAGGAAAGUAUACUUAACCAACAUAUGGAAAGUAAAGGAACUGAAGUGAAUUUAAUUAACUCAAUAUCUAGUGAACGGCUUGUGCCCACAGAAAACGUAGAAACUGUAAAAUUGCCAAACAUGAAAGAAAAUAGAACUUUAUGCUCUGGCAAUCUGGAGAGCUAUUCUUCUGACUGCGUAGAAGCAGAUUCUGCUGUCAAACAGGAUUCCUCUAAAGUAGGUGCUAAAGAUGUCCCCUAUGGGGAUUCUGGAAGGAAAACCUCCUUCAGAGUUGAAGGGGACAUUCCAAGGAAUGAGAGUUCAGACAGUGCUCUUGGAGCUAGUGAUGAAGAAGGUGAUUGUUGUAUCCCUGAUGAAGUGCAUCAUGAUAACAUCAGCAAACGGCUUGAAGAAUUUGCAGAAGUGGAACUUCCUUUGCCAAGGUCAAGUACCAUCAGCAGUCAAUGUGUGAAAAACUUUGGAAGAUCACUUCUGGGUGGUUACUGUCAUACAUAUAUACCUGAUCUAGUGCUGCAUGGAAUAAAUAAUGAUGAAAAACUCAAGCAGUGUCUUCUAGCAGAUCUACUUCAUGCAAUGCAUCAUCCAGUGCUAGAUGAGCCUAUAGCAGAAGCUGUCUGCAUUAUUGCAGACACAGAUAAAUGGAAUGUACAAGUAGCUACAAGCCAGAGGAAGAUGAUGGAUGGUGUGAAGUUAGGCAAGGAUGUUCUGGUUUCAAGUCAAGUAUCCAGUCUGUUGCAGUCUAUUUUACAGCUUUACAAACUGAACGUCCCAGCUGACUUCUGCAUAAUGCAUCUUGAGGAUAGACUGCAAGAGAUGUAUCUCAAAAGCAAAAUGCUUUCAGAAUAUCUGCGAGGACAUACAAGAGUGCAUGUAAAAGAACUAGGAAUUGUAUUGGGGAUUGAAUCCAAUGACUUGCCUUUGUUGGCUGCUAUAGCAAGUACUCAUUCCCCAUAUGUUGCUCAAAUACUCUUAUAAGUUAAAUUCUCAGGAUAGUCAUUCCCCUAAAGUACAGUUAUGAAAAUGGAAAUGCUGAAUGAAGAACAGAGGUGCCAAACACUGGUAAAGGGGAGCACUGAUGAAAGCAGGUGAUGACUGUACAUUCUGCCACCUUCCGAUUCUGAUUUCAACCGGAUGUUUUAUCGGAGGACUUCAGUUUACAUAACACAAAAGGCAUUCAGGUUUUUCUUACAAUCUCACUUCUGACUUAAAUCAAGAGACUGCAUUCUUGCAUUUUAUUUUUAUUCAAAGGACAAAAGUUAACACUAUGUGGCAGACCGGGUGCUGCCAUCCAAAACGCUGCUCAAAACCAUGAAGUACCAGUUAAAAGAACAAGUGGGUUAGAAUGGAUUUCGUAAUACUAUGCUUGUGAGUGUGGUGUGGUGUAUGUUUCUUUGCUGGGGAGGAGGAGGAGGAGUAGCUGUUAACUCUGUAUAUAGCAUUCCUAUACAAAAGUGUAUUUGGUGGGACAUGAUUUUCUUGCAGAACAUACGUGUGGUUUUGUAUAGUAGAAGUGAUGGGCUCAGAACAAGGAACUUGGAUUCAGCAGCCAGAUGUCAUGUGGGAAUGGAGGUGUGUGUGAGGUUGGUGUGACUUUUCCAUUUAAGGACAAGAGGUUGAGAGCUGUGGCUGCUUCUGUUUUAAUGUGGAGGCAUUCAAAUGGGCCCAUGGCUACAAGUGGAAUGGAAUGGACUUCGGAGAGAGGGAUUUUGUGGGAAAGCCUUAUGGAACUUCUGCUACAAGUUUACAUUUGUUGCUGAUGCAACUUCAGUAACUGUUGAUUUGCUGUAUGACUGUGGUCCUGGGAACUAAACUUGUCUUGGUGUCAUCAAGUCUUGCUAUCUCCAAGGAGUAUGAAUUUGAAAAACAUCUGAACGAUGCCAGUGCUGUGAGCAUGUGUCCGUGUGCUCAUAAACCAAUCAGCUGGCACAAACUGAAGACAAUCGUAUUGGGGAAAUACAACACAUCAAACAACCCCCACCAAACCUUUAGUCAAAAGUAUUACUUUUUUCCAGCUAUGACUUGUCAUUUUGAGUAGGAAUAGAAGAGGAACGUUGUUUGAAGUAAAGUGAAAUGUGGGGGCAAAUCCCAAUAUUUGAUAUUACUCUGAAUGUUUGCAAUUACCCUUUUUGAUUCUACAGAAAUCUUGAACUAUCAUCCAGGUGCCUUUCCUUACUAGGUUAUCUACUCUGACACCAGAAACUACUUCUCCACUAGUUGAUACUGGCCUUUGGUGUUUCUAGAAAGCAAAAUAAAAUUUUGUACUUCACUGUU